UGUACAAAUCGUCACCGCGGGCAGCCACUUCAUCACACCGCGAUAUACCUCACACUCCUCUCUGGAAAUCUCGUCUACUCCGUCAGUCUGCCAUAUUAGCUUCCACCGAGCCGGGCCGAACGGACACGGAGGCACGAACACAAUAAGAAGCACCACCCCGCGAUACUUGGACUGCCUGCUGAAGGACGAUCACCGGUCUCACAAUAACCACAGGGAGGAGGAAGCGAGAUGGCAGUCAACAGACUGCGCAGUGCGCUGGGAACAGCAAGGAAGGGAGAGACAUACGAGCUGCGGGCGGGUCUAGUCUCGCAAUAUGCAUGGGAGCGAAAGGAGUCAAUACAAAAGACCAUCAUGUCCAUGACAUUGGGAAAAGACGUGUCUGCAUUGUUUCCUGAUGUGCUGAAGAACAUCGCCACCCCCGAUCUGGACCAGAAAAAGCUGGUGUACCUUUACCUCAUGAACUACGCAAAAUCACACCCUGAUCUGUGUAUCCUGGCGGUCAACACCUUUGUUCAGGAUUCAGAAGACCCAAAUCCUCUCGUCCGAGCCCUCGCGAUCCGAACCAUGGGAUGUAUAAGAGUAGAAAAGAUGGUGGACUACAUGGAGGAGCCGCUGCGGAAGACACUCAAGGACGAAUCGCCAUAUGUACGCAAGACAGCAGCACUGUGUGUGGCAAAGCUAUUCGACCUGAACCCAAGCCUGUGCAUAGAAAAUGGAUUUCUGGAGACACUACAAGAGAUGAUUGGGGACAGCAACCCUAUGGUCGUUGCGAACUCGGUAACUGCUCUCGCCGAGAUUACAGAGACAGCACCGGAGACAAGAGCAUUGGUUGUGACAAGUCAAAUGUUGAAGAAGAUGAUGCUAGCCUUGAAUGAGUGCACAGAAUGGGGAAGAAUCACAAUCUUGUCGACACUUGCAGACUACAAGGCGGUGGACAGCAAGGAAGCGGAGCACAUCUGUGAGCGAGUCAGCCCACAAUUCCAGCAUGUCAACCCCUCGGUGGUUCUGGCAGCUGUGAAGGUCGUGUUCCUUCAUUUGCAGCACAUCGAGAACCCGGCACUGCACGCCACAUAUCUCAAGAAGAUGUCACCUCCGCUGGUCACCCUCGUCUCAAGCCAGCCGGAAGUGCAGUAUGUGGCUUUGCGGAACAUAGACUUACUGCUGCAAAAGCAGCCUGGAAUUCUGGACAAGGAGAUGCGCGUCUUCUUCUGCAAAUACAAUGAUCCGCCAUAUCUCAAGCUCACGAAACUUGAAAUCAUGGUCCGAAUAGCGAACUCCCAGAAUGUCGACCAGCUGCUGGCAGAACUGAAGGAGUACGCCAUGGAGGUCGACAUGGAUUUUGUGCGAAAAGCUGUCCGUGCGAUUGGACAAGUUGCGAUCAAGAUUGAGGAGUGCGCUGAGAAGGCGGUGAACGUUCUGCUCGAACUUAUCAAUUCGAAGGUUGGGUAUGUUGUGCAGGAGGUCGUCGUGGUGAUCAAGGACAUCUUCAGGAAGUAUCCUGGGUACGAAGGGAUCAUCCCAACGCUGUGCCAAUGCAUCGACGACCUGGAUGAGCCGAACGCCCGAGGUAGCUUGAUCUGGAUCGUAGGAGAAUAUGCAGAGAAGAUUUCGAACGCUGGAGACAUCCUGUCAGGAUUUGUCGAGGGAUUCAACGAGGAGUUCACACAGACCCAACUACAGAUCCUCACAGCAGUGGUCAAGCUCUUCUUGAAGAAGCCUGACGAGUCGCAAGGCCUUGUGCAGAAGGUCCUCCAGGCUGCCACUGCAGAAAGCGACAACCCAGAUAUUCGGGACCGCGCAUACGUGUACUGGCGACUGCUCUCCUCCGAUCCACAAAUCGCGAAGAACAUUGUUUUAUCCGAACGACCUCAAAUUACCUCUACCAUUCCUGUUCUGCCGGCACCACUUCUCGAGAAACUCCUUCCGAACCUCUCGACCCUUUCCUCCGUCUACCACAAACCUCCUUCAGCGUUCCUUGGCCAAGGUCGGAGCUCCGCACUACAAGAAGCCGCCAUCGAAGAGGCCAAGCAGAACGCACGAGAGAAUCCUAUCGCGGCCGCGGCAGUAUCAGCUGCAGUCGCCGGGACCGCCGCGCCAGCAGCACCGAGUAACGCUGAGAACUUGCUGGACAUCGAUUUCGACGGUGCAGCGCCAGCUUCCAUGCAGAAUGCGCCGGGAAUGGGUGCGUCCGGCUUGGAAGGUCUGUCAGGCACGCCACAAAGGGUUGCCAGUCCUGCCAUGGGAUCGGGAGGCGGAUUUGCAGAUCUCAUGGGUCUGGCAGAUGCCCCUCCUGUGACUGCAAACGGUGGCGGAGGGAGCCAGGAUCUGAUGAAUGGAUUCGCUGGAAUGGGCAUGGAUGAUCAGCCGCCACCACCGCAGGCGCAAAUAAAUGGAGGCGGGGGAGCCAAGAAGACGAACGCAGACCUGCUGGACUUGUUUUGA